CCAAAACUUGAAAAGAAGCGUGUACGUUACAUCGUUGCAACAACAUUAGCUAGAAAAUAACCCGUAAAGCAGGGUUUAAAAUCCAAGAGAAUGAUGGAGAAUGCUGACGACUUUGAGAGAUUUCUGAACAAUGUUGACAAAAUAGGUCAGUUAUUGGAAGAUUUUCAAUCUUCUGAUGUCGGAGUGCAACAACAAGCCGUGGCAAAAGCAGAUUCCUUAAUUGCUACCUUGGAUAAACCUUGCAAGACAAACGUCAACAAGACUACAGUCAAUGCAAACCCACUCCUUCAACCUUUGGCUUCACAUAAUGAAAGUCAAGAACAUUUCAAGAAGAUUAUGGAGAGAGAUGCAGAAGAAAGGAGAAUAAAGAGAAUGGCUAAACUAAAAGAGUCCACCGCUCUCAAAGACAAGGGGAAUGAAGCUUAUGCUCAAGAAGACUAUGAAACUGCAGUGAAGUAUUACAGUGAUGGAUUGGCUGUACUAAGGGACAUGCAGCCACUGUACACCAACAGAGCACAAGCCUUCAUCAAGCUAAAAAGAUAUAAGGAGGCCAUCAGUGACUGUGAAUGGGCCUUGAAGUGUAAUGAAAGAUGCAUAAAGGCUUACGUACAUAUGGGCAAGGCAUACCUGGGUUUGAAGAAAUACAAUGAGGCUAAAAGCUGUUUUGAAAAGAUACAGGAAAUUGAACCUGGGAAGGGAAACAUGAUAAAAGUAGAAUACUUGGACCUGGUAGAUUUAGAAGAAAAAACAGACAGUCAGGAGAGGAAAGCAAGACAAGAGCUUGAAAAAGGAGAGAGAAAGGCCACAGUGGUGCCUCAGCUGCUGGAGAAGCUGUCUAGGCCCGGCCAGAUGCCCCUCUAUUACUGUGGAGUAUUGGAGAGCCUGUCUCCAGCAGUUACUGACUGUACAGGACAGACUCUCUUCCGACUGAACAAUGGCUUUAGUAUCAUCAGCAGCAAUGACGUGCUGAGGAGUUGCUUGUUGCAGAAAACUGAUGUUCUACUCAGCCAAGAGUCGUGUGUUUCCGUACUGAAACUAUGGAGGAUUAUUUGUCAUGAAAAUGAUGAAAACCAGAAACUCCUGAUAAAAUGUUCAGUUGCCAGACAGCCUCUUGUGCAGCUGUUAACAUCGAAGCAUGGUGAAGUUGUGAAAGAAUGCCUGGAACUACUGAGUUUAUACUCAAAGACAUCACAUGGCAGGCGUUUGGCCAUUGACAACCUAAAUCUGCACACGUUAGUGAGAAACCUCAUGAGGUGCAUCUCUGAACCAAAGCAGCAGCAAGAGAUCUCAGCAGUCUGUAUUCUGGAAACCUUUGCUGCAGAAGAUGGAUUUCGGUUGAAGCUAAGAAAUAUGUCAACAGAUUGUGUCGUUGUGCCAUUUAAAAUAAUACUGGGAAAUAUCAGCAAAUUUAAUCAAAAUGUCCUUAAAUCGCUCAUAUCAGCUGUUGGCUUUCUGGCUGAAGAUGAAGUCAUCUGUCGAAAACUUGCUCAUGAGCAGGAAUGUUGGGAAGCCUUCGUCACUGCCACUAAGCAGUGUGGUACAUCUGAAUACAAAGACAUCCUUUACAUUUUGCUUGGCUUGAUUAUCAACCUUUCAAUGAUCACUUCCUCACCUCUGCAGGAGCAUGCAGUUUCUCUCUGUGACUGCUGUUUCGACCUGCUGAAAAAUGCUGAUGGACGAAUCGUAACUAAAGUGACGGGCGUGUUGAGCACUGUCCUCCCCCAGUCCUCUGAAGCUGUUCAGCAUGCUGUUCGAAGGAAAGUCAUUCAGACCAUGUGCUGGCUGCUGAAAGAAAAAGGUCAUCCAGCCACCAAGUCGGCCAUUAAGACAUUGACGGUUUGCACUGCAGUCAGUGAUAUGGCAAGGGAAGAGCUGUUGAAGUCUGAUAAAAAACUGUCUACUUUACGUCAUUUGCUGAGUUCCAGCUAUGAUGAGGUGAUUUCAGGAAAUGCAGCUUUGUGCUUGGCCCAUUGCUUUGAACUGGAAGGAGUUGCCUCCCACCUGCUGGGUACUGAUAUUGUACUGCUUCUACUACGGCUCGCUGCGGGGGAGGCUAAGAAGACAGCUGUGCAGCAAAACGCAGCUAUUGCCCUCAGCAAACUGUGCCAGUCUGAGCCCAGACAUGUGCACAAACUACGGGAGCUUCACGGCCUUGAGAUCCUGCACUCCUGUGCAAAACUCAUCUCAUAGAAAACCGAGCCGGAACCACCCAAGACCAAACGACGCCCACACCCAUCCAAGGCCAACCACCCAUCCCCACCCCAGAAGGAAACCUACACCCACCCCAACAUUCAAACAACUCCCAGAGCACAUAAGACAUUG